UAAUGCUGUGUGUGGAACAAACCAUUUAAUUACUUCUUUGCCAACUAUAUUUCAUUGGACAAAUUAUUUUACUUCGUUAUAAACACUUGGCAAAUUUUUGCUGACGUUAGAUAUUUCUGUAUAAACGUCAUAUUAAUAUAAAUGAAUUUCAGAAACUGCCCAAUCUAAAUUCAGUUUAUUCACACCUUAUGGAAUGAUAUCAACUGUGCUAACAGUGAACCAUUACAACUUGUUAUAGAAGACUGUUUCCACCUGAAAGUCGGUUACCAGUUAUUUAUGGAUUGUCUAUGUUUUAGCCUGUGUAACAUACAUUAAUCAUAUCUGCAUUUAUUAACAUAAAAAUAGAAGUGUUUUUGCCUACAGUACAUGUGCCACUGGGAGAGGAUCCAGUUAGUAACAAACAUUUUAGUGGUAAGUAAACAGUACAUUGUAUAUUUCCCUCGCAUAUAAACGUAGGACCAUGGUAUUCAAGGCAAGAAACUGAACCACAAUAUAUCAUAGUUGCAGACAUUUCUCAAUUUUUAAGAAUUCUUCAAGAAUUGAUAUGGAGGACAUUAGUGAGUUGAACACUGCUAACAUAACUGUUUGUAACAAUGUAGACUCAAUUACACAGACAAUCAGUGGUGAGAAACCUUUAGCAAGUGGAACAUUUAAUGAAAAGACAUCAGUAAAUAGAAAUAUUUCUGAUUAUUGCUGUGCGAUUUGUAAGAAAGCAUUCUCUUCAGAACAUGAAGUGUUCACUCACAAAGAAAUACACAAUAAGGAAAAGCCCUAUCAUUGUGAAGCUUGUGGCAAGUCUUUUGCAUAUAACAGCAAUUUAAUAAGUCAUAAAAGAAUGCAUACUGGAGAAAAACCCUAUCACUGUGAAAUAUGUGGGAAAUAUUUUGUAUCUAACAGUAAUUUAACAAGUCACAAAAGAAUACAUACUGGAGAAAAACCUUACUCCUGUGAAGUGUGUGGGAAAUCUUUUGUUAAUAAUAGUGAUUUGAACAGGCACAAAAAGAUACACACUGGAGAAAAACCAUGUCGCUGUGAAAUAUGUGGAAAAUCAUUUAUCACAAACAGUAAGUUAACAGCACACAUAAGAGUACACACUGGAGAAAAAUUGUUUCACUGUGAAAUAUGUGGAAAAUUUUUCACUCAAAAUUCAAAUCUUGUCAUCCACAAGCGUAGGCACACAGGAGAAAAACCCUUCCAUUGUGAAAUAUGUGGGAAAUCAUUUAUCACUAAUGGUCUCUUAAAAACACAUAAACAAAUACACAGUGGAAAAAACCCAUUUCACUGUGGAAUUUGUGGGAAAUCUUUUGUUGAUAAUAAUUAUUUAACAAGUCACAAAAGAAUACACUCUGGAGAAAAACCAUUCCAUUGUGAUAUAUGUGGGAAAUCCUUCUGUGUUAAUUCUGGUCUUAUUGUUCACAAGAGAAUUCACACUGGAGAAAAACCCUAUCACUGUGAAAUAUGUGGGAAAUCUUUCAUUGAGAAUUCUAAGCUUACAAUCCAUAUACGUAGACAUACUGGGGAAAAACCUUUCCACUGUGAAAUUUGUGAGGAAUCUUUUGUCUCUAACUCUAAGCUUACAGUUCACCAACGUAUACACACUGGGGAACAACCAUAUUGCUGUGAAAUAUGUGGGAAAUCUUUUGUGAAUAAUAGUGAUUUAAACAGACAUAGAAGAAUUCACAGUGGAGAAAAACCCUUCCACUGUGAAAUCUGUGGGAAAUCUUUCAUUAAUAAUUCUCAUCUUGUUAUCCACAAACGUAGUCACACUGGAGAAAAACCUUAUCAGUGUGAAAUAUGUGGUAAAUCUUUUGUUGAUAAUAGUUACUUAACAAGUCACAAAAGGAUACACACUGGAGAGAAACCCUUCAACUGUGAAAUGUGUGGAAAAUCUUUUGUCUCUAAUAGUUAUUUGACAAGUCACAAAAGAACACACACUGGAGAGAAACCAUUCUACUGUGAAAUGUGUGGAAAAUCAUUCAUUACUAAUGGACUCUUAAAAACACAUAAAAUGAUCCACACUGGAGAGAAACCAUUCCACUGUGAUAUAUGUGGUAAAUCUUUUAUCACUAAUGGUCAUUUAGCAGCACACAAAAGAAUCCACACUGGAGAGAAACCAUUUCAGUGUGAAAUAUGUGGGAAAUCCUUUGUUAAUAAUUCAAAUCUUAUUAUCCACAUACGUUGUCACACUGGAGAAAAACCAUUUCGCUGUGAACUAUGUGAGAAAUCAUUUAUCUCUAACGAUUAUUUAAAAAGACACAAACAAAAACACAUUGGAAGGAAUCUUAUUAACUGUGAAACUUAAGAAAUCAUUUUCUUGCAACUCUAAACUUGUUUUACUAUGUUGUAUAAGGCAACAUCUAUCUUGAAAAAUGUCAGAAUUUCUUUAUUUUGGUGUUUAAGUUUUGUUAUCCACAAGAAAACACUAACCCUUUUCAUACCAACCUUCCUAACACCCCCCCCCCCCCAGUUCUCUAAUACAAACUUCCUGAUUUAAAGAUAUCUAUAUUAAAACCUAUCUAAAUUUCAUGUUAAUUUAUGUUCCAAACACUAGCUUGAUAAUGACAGUCAUUUUGCUAAAUUCUUCAUUAUUUUCAAAAUUAAUUAAAACUAAGUUAGUGUAUUUCAGCAGAAAUACAGUAACAAAAAAAUGAAAGUGUUUGUUGGAUGUUAUUUUCUGUUAUUUACAUGUGAGGAAUCAAUUUUUUAAAUUUAAUCUCUAGUGAAAACACUAAAAUAAAAUAUUGUAUAACAUUGUCUCCAUCCAUAACUAUAAACUUAAGGAAUGUGGUUCCUAUAUCUUGAAACACUUGAUGUCAGAACAUUUUAGUAGCUUGGUUUUAGUGAAAGUGAUCAUAUUGCUUCACUGAUUCAAUAGAAUUCUGCAGAUAGAUGGGUGUUUUGAUAUUUUCAGUAUUUGCUGGUUUAUGGUAACCUCCAUUUGUGGAUGCUAGUUGCACAGCAACACAAUUUUGUUUAUUUGCUGCAGCUAUUAAGUUCAACUCUAUCAGCACUAAUGCCAAUUAUUGUAAAUAAAUAUUGCUAAAACUGCAAUAUGACAGGUAAAUACUAGGUUUUAGAGAGAGAGACUAUUAUUUUUAAACCAUAUAAAAAUAGCAAUCCCUGAUUAUCCCUAGUUACAACAGUAAGUGAAUUACAAUGGUAGAUGAGAGAAGAAGGUUUAAUUUCUGUUGUAGUUUAUGAGAUGCUACAAGCAGCUGCUGUAGCCAUUAUAUUGUACACAGUAUCUGAAGAAGGGUCCAUCUUUGUUGUAGUUUAGUGAGGACCAAUAACCAGCUGAUGUAGCCAUUUUAUUAUCAUACACAUUAUCUCUUGCUUGUAAAUAUUUUUGAUGAUCAUAAACAACUUAGCUCAUAGUAUGAAAUGUGACUGUGUCACAGCCUGUUUCUCAGGUAGCUUUGUGUACAAAACUAAUUUUGAUGACUGCAAGCAUAUGAUUCAUUAUUUUAGCAUUAGACGAUUGCACUUUCAGCCACUAAACUGCAUUUAAACUAUGGUUGAUACUGCAUAUCUUUGUAUUCUGUCAUUACUAGGUUAAACUUGUAAUAUGGCUCAUAUUAUUGGGUAUAGGAAGUGUAUGCACAGCCUGGAUGUCUUCUAUUACAUUUGUGAAUCAUCUGCAAUAGUAUAACAGUGGCAACUUGUUUGAGAUUUUGUUAGAACAUAUAUCAUAUUUUGGCAUGAAAUUAUGUAAUCAAAGCAAAUCAUGGCCUCCUCACUUCCAGGCUUGCACAUAAAUCUAAGACAAUAGACUAAAAGAAAGAGAAAGAGCUUUAAGGUAUCAAUGGCCAGGAGAGAUCCAACAAAACCAUUUUGAAGAUUGCUAUUUUUGCAGAGUUGAUAUUUCUAGGCAUAGCUGAAGGACCUAAUCAAAGCUAGUUUACUCAGACUUGCUGUCAGCCAUAAAACCUGACUCUGAUGAUGUACUUGAAAUUUAAUGAGUUUGAUUACAUCAGUAACACGAAGUGCUACACAUCUAAGGCAGUUAUUGAGUAUGAAACUAGUACAGGGGCACCAUAACCAGUUUGAAUUAAAGUGGUUGAGGGCAAAUUUAGAUCUUUAAAAUGCUCAGCAUUUUUAUUAUGUCUUGGACUUAAUCAAAAUAAACUGCAGCCCUGGGAAGAGCAAAUCUGUUGCAGUUGUUUAGUAUAGAAGAUGACAUUACUGUCAUGAGGUUAAUGGUUUGUUAAAUGUAAUGGAAUGUCGAUAUAAAUCAGACAAAUGGUGACUUAUCACUGAAAACUCUGAAGGACAGUUUAACCCUUUAGCAUACAGGUUAUUCUGUCAAAUGUAAUGCUCAUUUAUUCAUAUUGUUUAGAAGUAAUCUUGCAUUAUCUUGUAGUUUUGAGAUUUUGAUUAAUGUGAUCGCUUACUUUAAGAAUGACCUUGUAGGGUAGGUGUGAGAGGCCAAAUCUGGAAGGUUUUAACAUAGAACAUGUAGAAUAUUUGUGCUCAAUUUGGCCAGUUUAAAUGCUAAAGGAAUGUGGGUUUUGGUGAGUAAUGAAACAGUGAUUUUGUAAGGUACAUCUAAAAGAAAGUGAUGUAACAACAAAAGUGGAAAUGAAAACUUCAACUACUUUACAUUUGGAUGAUUUGCAGAUAUUAGAAAGGGGCUUACAUAUAACUUACCCAAUCAGAAUUUUUGUUGUUUUUUUUUUUAAUGGGACAGUCAGGUUGAAUGAUAAAAUAAUAGUCAGAAAGAAGAGAUAUUAGUGUUGGAAAACAACAUGAACAGCUUCACCACCUAGUAAAACCAGAAAACACCAUUUUCACAGCACUUUAUAUGAGACUAGAUUUCAAAGUACAGAAUAUCUAGGCAGAAAAUAUUAUGCUGUAAAUCAAAAGACAUUGAAGGCAAGUAUAUUUGAGGGGCCUAAGAACAUUAAAGAAGAAUGUGUUAUUUAUAAGUUUAACCUGUUGAGAAAAAUACAUGGGUAGCAUUACCAGAAGUUGAGAGAAACUUUUUGUAUUGGACAAUGAGAAGUCUAAAAACUAUGAAUAUCUGAAAAAAAAUUACUUUUCACUUUUAGAAGCUUGGAUAUAAUGUAAAUAUUAAAGUGUAUCUCCUCCACUAGUUCCUUGCCAAUUUAGAGGCUGUUAGUGAAGAGUAAGGAGAGUGUCUCCUCCAAGAUAGCAGUGAAAUAGAAAUAACACCAACCCUAAUCCUAAUCAUAACCAUAACCCUAAACCUAACCCAAAAAACCCUAACCCUAACACCCUAGUGGAAAUCAUGCGGGUGUUAAUCUGAAAAAUUACCAAACCCUUUUUGUGGUCUGAAAAACGGGUUGGUGUGUGGUGGAAGCCUCGGAAAUUUUACCUACUUAUAUUGUGUAAUUCACUGACAAAUUGUUACAUACAUCUUUGUUUCAUUGUUGUUAAAUAAAUGGAUUGUCAAUAAACUUUUUCCUUCGGCGUGAAAUAUAAACAAAACUCUUUCGUUCCCAAAGUAGUAUGUGUGUGUGUGAGAGGGAAUGAGAGGGGGGAGAAAGACGAACGAUUUAAAAUAAAUAUAUUUUAAUUGUUGUGUGAGAAAGUAUAUAUAAUCUCAUUAUAAAAUAUAGUGUCUUUCAAAAACAUCCUAUAUUUGAAACUAUAUCUCAUGUUUAAGAAAAAAAAAAGCAUUUUACGUUUUCAUUUUUCAUGAACGCUGACACUCUGUCUUCCUUAUUCCCCUCUCCCACUUUUUCUUUCAUUAGACGCUUUCUGUCUCCCUCUCCCACUUUUUCUUUACUGUUUUUUUUUGUUAGAUGCUGGCAAACGAUCUCUAUCUCUCACACAUACAUCAACACAAUUUGUCUCUUUCCAUCACAUGCAUACGCACACUUUGACUUUGCCAUGUUAGCAAAAUUCAAAAUUGGUAAAAGUUAUGGUUGAAAAUCGAUUUUUACAGCUAUACGCAGGUGCCUCUGAGAGAAAAAGUUGACGAAAAUGCAGAUAGGAUCAUGACGAAUGUCUUCCUAAAAUUGGAGUGACAUGCGUGCUAAUUUGUAGACGUGCAUAAAUUACAUUCAUACACACACACACACACACAUCCUGCCUUUUAUAUAUCCAAAUAUAUAAACAGUUAAUUUUAGCUAUUUCUACAGAGAUGGAAAGAAAUGAUGAACAACCUUAACUGUGAGUAAAUACAAACCUAAAGGUAUCUUAAAAGGGUUAGAUUCAUCAAAGAAACAGUUAAAAUGACUAUCCUAUCUUUUAUAACAUACAGGUGUAGAUAUGAAUUAUUGUACCAUAUAAGCUACUAAUGUGUGGAAUACACAGACAUGAUAGUACUAUUCUAAAUAUAUUUCUGAAAAAAACCUGUUGGGAGUGCCCUCAGCAGGUUUUAGUCAGUGUCAAAACAUAAGGACAACUUUUUUGAAAGAAGUAUACUUUUUUUAAAGCAAGCCAGUGCCAAUGUAGCAGAUUCAAGAGGUAUUGAUUGGGAUGGUACUUAUUUCCACAAGUUUGUAGUAAACAUGAGAUUCAAAAAUAUCUAAGAUACAUAGUGAUCAAGGAUGUAGCAGACAUGUCAUUGGUCAAGCAUGUAAUAGACAUGUCAUUGAUCUAGGAUUUAACAGAUAUCUUGUUAAUAAAAAGUGUACCAGACUUGUUAUUGGUCAAGGAUGUGGAAAACAAAUCAUUAAUCAAGGAAUGUAAUGGACAAGCCAUUAGUCAAGUAUGUAGCAGACAUGCUACUGGAUAAGGAUGUAACAUUCCCUUGGCCAAUUAUAUAGUAAUGAAUCCACUGGUUAAGGAAGUGACAGACAUAUCAUUGGUCAAGCAUGUAGCAAGACAUCCACUGAUCAAGGAACUGGCAGAUGUCUUUGUUCUAAGCUGUACUUGACAUUCUACUGGUCAAAGAUGUAAGACAUCACAAUAUCCAAGGAUAUAACAUAAGCCAAAUAUGUAGCUGGUGUGCCAUUGCUGAAGGAUAUGGUGCAUAAUUUUUGACAAUAUACAAUAUAAAAUCCAUAAGUGGAGGAAAUCUACAAUAUUUGUUAGAAUGAUAUAUAUGUAUGGGUGUAGCAACUCAUGAUGGCCUGAACUUAAACUCUAAGUUUGUAGUUAAUGACUUGAAGGAAGCUGGUGUAGCAGCAGCUAAAUAGUUGAACGAUCUCUCUUGCAAGAAAGAUUACAGAGUAACCUCCCUUUACUAGGUUUCUCGAAGCAUCUGUGUCAUGAGACAUGAUUCUUAAUUAUUCAACAAGCCUAGCAUUUCUCUUGGAAGUUUCUAGAAUGUCUAGCAUUCCAUUAAUAAAAAUAGCUUGCUAACCCUGCUCUUCACUUCUUUGUCGAUUAGACUUAGAGCCAUUCACGUCAUUGCUUUGUCCGUCUAUUUCUCUACAUCACAUGACUGAAAACCACCACUUAGCUGUUAUUUCUAUAUUUCCUAUCUCUGAACUUUCUUGCAUAGAUUACUUCAUUCAACUAGAUUCUACAUUUUGAUUAUGUUUCAACAUCGACCAAUAAAUAAAAUAUAUUUUUAUGUCGUAAACAUAUAGUUUUUAAAUUUAUUCUUCUUCUCUGUAAGAACUCUUGUAAUAAUAUACACACAGCCAUAGCAACACCUGGUACUGAAUGUAUAUUCCCACCAUAUAAAUUGGUGACCAACCGAUAUGGAUCCCAAAUUCUACACUGGAGAAUAAUCACCACACUGGUAUAACCAUCAGCUCAGGAAAGUAUUUGCUUAAUUUAAUAAGAUAUUAUAUUUUUGAUAUGUUUUAAAGGAGAGUGUUUCUUCAUUUUGUUGUUUGAAAAUUUUUGAUGUUUGGAGAUCAUCUAAUUAAAGGUUGCUCCUAGUUAAACUAGUAAUAUUUCUAUGUGUGUAAUUUAAAUGGCUUUGAGGAAGCUAUAAUGGUUUUCUUUUUUAAAACACUGUGCAUGACAAUAAAAUUGUUUAGUUGAAAGAAAAUGGGACGAGUUUAUAUUUGGUACAAUUGAAGUAAAUUAAAACCACUUUUCUUCUUCAGCUUUCUCAUUCUUCAAAAACAUCCAACAAAUAUAAAAUGAUAUUGAAAUCAACAUAAUUUGGCUGACACAAAUGUUUUUACUGAUACAUUUGUGGAAAGUAGCAACAUGAAGUAUAUGAGAAAAAAAGACAAAGAGGGAACAUUAACUGUCUCAUAGUAAAUUCAGAUAAGUUUGUAAUUGAAAUCUUCAAUAAUGAAAGAAUCUUGAAAGCCACAUUUCGAUAACAAUAUGUUAAAAUUAUAAUUUUUAAGUAUUUUCUAGACAGUGUAGACUUCAAGAAUUGCUUUUAAUUAAUAAGCAGCUUUUGUUAUUAUAGUAUAGAUAGUCAUAGACAUGUAGUUAUGUAAUCAUAACAGCAGCAUAUAAUCAUAUAGAAGUUGAACCAUAGUGAUCUGGACAUUCGAUGUGAUGUAGAGGACUACAUCCAUAGUUGACCUAAAUGUGCAGAAUCUUUUUUAAAAUCUCAGAAAAGAAACUUUAUUUAUUACAGAGAUGCACUUGCAUAGCAAGUGACCUGAUCUGAGAUUGUGUGCUGGAACGAAAACAAUUGUAGCGUAGAAGGUGUUUAUAAGCUAUUUAAAAUAACACACAAAAUCCGUUAGAUUCACUUCAACAUUUAAAUUUAAUUUGUCAAAAUAUUUUUGUCGCUUUGAGACCGCGACCUGUUCACUGACAAAAUUCUGUGCUGCAUCUGAGAAAGUAAUAGUUAGUUCAUGAUAUAUAUGUACAUGUGUAUGUAUGUAUGUAUGUGCGUGUACAUGUGUGCGCGUAUGCAUCUGUGUACAUGCGUAUGCAUGUGUGCAUGCCGAUACACAUGUAUGUAUAUAUGUAUGUGAGUAUGCACGUGUAUACUUAUGGAUGUACGUGAGUAAUAGGGUAAGUGUGUAGACGUGUUUGUGUGUGUGUGUGUGUGUGCAUAUGUAUGUACAUGUGAAUGUAUGUUUAUGUACUGAUAUGUGCGUCAGUUCAAGUUGUAUACAUAACAGUUACUUUGUUGAAGGUUGUAUAUACGCACAUAUAUACAUAUGCAUACACACAUAUGUAAACAUGCACACACAUAUAUGUGUGUGUGUGCGUUUGCCCCUCUCACUCUCACUCACAGACACUGUUAAACUUUAUUUACAAACUCCAAAAGCUAGAACUACAGGAUACAUGUUAAUGAUAUUCAGUUGUUGAGAUGAACUGACUCCUUUUCAGAAUAGCCAAUGGUUAUGUGCCUUCCUGAUAGGAAUAUUUUUUUUAAUUCAAACAGAUUUUACAUGGGAUUUUUGGUGGCAAUAUGAAUGCAUAAUUAGGAGUCAGCAAAUAUCAUAAAUAUUUUUUUCCUAAGCCUCAAAUCAUCUACAUCUUUAUCAAUGAAAAAUAGAUCUCAACAGCAUUCAUCUCUUUCAAGGGCAUAUCUUCAGAUCAUCACAUCAUAUUGAGUUGAUUCCAACUGCAUAUACAUGCACGUAGAAAGAUGUACUUGAAGAAACCUCCAUAUAGCUGGAAACAACCAACAGGUUGGUUGAGUUUCUUGAAAGCUUGGGGCUCCUUGUUAAUGUUCAGUAUGGCUUUCAUUCUACUACUGAUUUUCUGACUGUUAUUACAAACUGCAUCUACUGAUUUAUGCUGUAGUUCUUGAUAUAUCCUAAGCCUUUGAUAGGGUUUGGCAUGCUGGUUCAUUCUAAAAGUUCUCUAACUAUGGUGUAUGUCGAAAGAUCUUUGACAUUAUCAGGCCAUUCCCUUCUUGUUGUGUACUUGUCACUCUGAACAGUAUUACUUCUGAGCAUUCUAGCAAUGCUAGUAUUCCCCAAGGCUCUGUUCUUUCUUUACAUCAAUGUUUAUGCUGAAGAUACUACCCUUUAUUCUAGUUUUACUGGGAAUCUCUCUCCCUUGAAACAACUGGAAUUUGCUGGCUCAGCAGGCUAAGAAGUGAGAGCAAGAAACGGUAACUUUCAACCCUGGUAAGAGCAAACUCAUGUCUUUCAGUAGGAAGCAGAAUCCCUAUCUUCCUCCCAUUUACAUGAAUUAUAGUUCUGAGGUAUCACUUGAGAUAGGCAGACCAUUUAAGGAAAAGAUCUUUGGAAUUGUUUGUCUCAUUUUCUCACUUGAUCUUUCUUGGGCUCUUACAACCAAUUGGUAGAUCUACUUCCCACAAGGAAGGUCAUUGUAUAAGUGAAAGGAUUCCCUCACAUCCAAGGUCAUUUUGUAUCUUUACAUAUCCAUAAUUUGUCCUUGUAUGGAAUAUUUGUUGCCAUAUUUGGGGAGAUGCACCAUGUUGUCACUUGGAUUUCUGCAAAUAGGUUCAGAAAUUAAUCUCUAAUUUGAUUGGUUCCUCUUGUUUCAACUCUGCAACUCUUAUCACAUCAACAUGACAACUCCAAUCUUAUUAUUUUCUAUUUCUAUUGCCACAGGAAGUGCUCUGAACUUUCUUAGUUCCAGAUCACUUUGUGUCAUCUUGCCUGUCUCAAAAUUCAGUGUUUUUAUCCAGAUGCUGUUGUGCUUUCAUGAAUAAAGAAGUCUUUCUACA